AAUCCUGCUCCUACUUCUGUUUUGUUCUCUUUUGGGUUCUCUUUCUUCACUACAUUUAAUAAUAUAAUACAUCUCUCUAGAGAGAGAAAGAGAGAGAUAAGAGAUGACAACAUCAGGAGGAAUUGGAGGAGGAGAGGCAUGGAAGGCUCAUACGGCGAUGGCGAUGGUGCAGGUAUUCAAUGGAGGAUAUCAUGUCAUUACAAAAGUGGCUCUCAAUGUUGGGGUCAAUCAGCUCGUUUUCUGUGUCUAUCGGGAUCUUCUUGCCCUCGCUAUCCUAGCCCCUGUUGCCUGUUUUCGCGAAAGGAGAAUUCGACAGCCUUUGACUAAACCACUCCUCUUGUCGUUCUUCUUUCUUGGCUUAACAGGGAUAUUUGGCAACCAGCUUUUAUUUCUUCUUGGUCUUAGCUACACAAAUCCAACUUAUGCUGCUGCCAUCCAGCCUGCAAUUCCAGUUUUUACCUUUAUCCUGGCUGUGAUUAUGGGUACUGAAAGACUGAAUUUGUUUACAACUGAAGGUCAAGCAAAGGUCGGAGGUAUCCUUGUCUGUGUUUCUGGUGCCAUAGUGAUGGUUCUCUUCCGUGGUCCUUCCGUAUUUGGGUUUAAGGAAGCAGACUUUGUGUCAAGUGAAAUAAGUGCUAGGGGUCAACCAGAGCCUGCUGGAUGGUUCUUGUCUAGCUUGUUGGACUUUGGCCUGGAUAAUUGGCACCUUGGAGUUUUAUGCUUAAUAGGGAAUUGCAUGUGCAUGGCUGUUUUCCUAGCCAUUCAGGCUCCGGUUCUAGCGAAGUAUCCAACCAGUCUUUCAGUCACAGCAUAUUCAUAUGCUUUUGGAGCUCUGUUGAUGGUAGUAACAGCAUUCUUUAUGACCAAUGAAUCAACAGACUGGAGUUUGACGCGAUCUGAAUGUUUUGCAGUCAUCUAUGCAGGGGUUGUUGCAUCUGCCAUUAAUUAUGGCCUGCUGACAUGGUCCAACAAGAUCUUGGGGCCUGCUUUGGUUGCACUUUACAAUCCACUUCAACCUGCAGCAUCUGCCUGUCUGUCAAAAAUAUUUCUUGGAAGCCCUAUUUAUUUGGGAAGCCUUAUAGGAGGAUUCCUGAUCAUUUCUGGCCUUUAUUUGGUCACCUGGGCAUCAUAUAGAGAAAGACAAACAGUUCCGGGGCUCAUCCAUCACAUUAGUGCCCGGGCAUCGGAGCCAUUCAUUCACAAAGAAGCAGCAAUUAACAAGGGUGCGUACCAUAGAGGAUACAUCUUUCCUAGUGCCUCUUCCCCGACAAAAUCUAUUGAUUAAAAACACACAGAACAAGAUGUUAUGUAAACUUCUCAUGACCAACUUGUUGAAAGUACUGUAUUUUUGGGUAAAACAACUUCCAUGUAUUAUGUCCCCACUUUUCAGUUUAAAUAUACCUCUCUUUAGGGAAUCAA